AUGGCGCACAAAUUCCACAUCAACACCACACACAUUCACAUGAAAUGGGACAAAUCUCUCACUCCCGCCUUGACUAUAAACUCCGGCACUGAAAUAUCAUUUGAUCUCCUAGACGGAGGAUCCAAUCAAAUCACCGACACCUCAGACAUCACCGCCGUCCACAACUUUGAUCUCGCAAAUAGUGACCCCGCAUUUGGUCCCGUCUACGUCAACGAUGCCUCACCAGGCGAUGUUCUAAAAGUCGAAUUCUUAUCUCUCAAACCGGCAGCUUAUGGUUGGACAGCCUGUUUCCCCGGCUCCUUCGGAUUCGGCUUACUCGCCGAUGAAUUUCCAGAUCCGUAUCUCAAGAUCUGGGAUCUUUCAACAGGCCGGGAUUUUGCGGUUUUUAAAGAGGGAAUCCAUAUUCCCAUAAAACCGUUUCUGGGUGUAGUAGGAGUGGCGCGAGAAGAAGAGGGUGCAUUUUCUACAAUUCCUCCUUAUGAUACGGGCGGGAAUAUCGAUUGCAAAUAUAUUACUCAAGGAUCUAUUCUCUACCUUCCCAUCAAAGUUCCAGGUGCUCUCUUCAGUUGUGGAGAUGGUCAUGCGGCGCAAGGAGAUGGGGAAGUUUGUGGGACGGCUAUUGAGACACCUAUGAAAGCUACAAUUCGUUUGACAGUUGAGAAGGCUAAACCAUGGGUUCAAAGUCCUCACUACGUGGUUCCUCCUCAAAGUAUCACGGUGGAUAAGGGAGAGUAUGCAGCAUUGGGUAUUGAUAGUGAUCUUAGAGAAGCAAGUAGAAAGGCUUUGAGGGGAUUGAUAGCUUGGUUGGUAGGGGAGAAGGGAUUGGAGAGACAGGAAGCAUACAUGCUUACGAGUGUGGCAGCAAAUCUGAAGAUCGCGGAGAUUGUUGAUAUGCCAAAUUAUGCGGUAGCUUGUAGUUUACCGCUGAGCAUCUUUGUUGGUGCUCCGUACGUUUGA